CUCACUAGUCGGUAGUGUGCAUCAGUGCAUCACUGCCUCAGCUCUCUUCUUCAUUAUCUCUACCUCUCUGAAAUAUGGAAUCACAUUCUUCAGCAAUCCUAGUAGUCCUCGCUCUUCUGGUGUCACUGUCUCCGGUGAGCUUGGCCCCAGCUUCAUGUGACUUCCCAGCUAUAUUCAACUUCGGCGACUCAAACUCCGACACCGGUGGCUUGUCUGCAGUCUUCGGCCAGGCACGUUCACCUGAGGGCAUGACCUUCUUCCACGCCCCGGCUGGCCGCUACUGUGACGGCCGCCUCCUUAUUGACUUCAUAGCUGAGAGCCUCGGACUACCAUUUCUUAGCGCAUAUCUCGACUCCGUGGGAAGCAACUUCACUCACGGAGCCAACUUCGCGACGGCCGGAUCGACCAUCCGGCCUCAGAACACGACUCUUCAGCAGAGUGGGUUUAGUCCCAUCUCCGUGAACGUUCAGUACAACGAGUUCUAUGAUUUUCGUCCUAGGUCUCAAGUGGCUCGUGCUCGAGGUGGUGUUUUUGCACAGCUGAUGCCUAAAGCUGAAGAUUUCUCUCGUGCAUUGUACACCUUUGAUAUUGGUCAGAACGACUUGACAGCCGCUUUGUUCUUGAACAUGUCCGUCGCCCAAGUUAAAGCAAUUGUUCCUGAUGUGCUCGAUCAGUUCAAACAAGUCGUCAAGUGGGUACACAGUCAAGGAGGUAGAAACUUUUGGAUACACAAUACCGGACCGGUGGGUUGUCUGCCGUAUGUACUGGACCGCCUACCGGUCUUAGUCUCGGAGAUGGACCGUUACGGUUGCGCCACUCCUUUUAAUGAACUAGCUCAGUUAUUCAACCGUGGAUUGAAGCACGCUGUGGUCCAGUUAAGGAAAGAGCUACAUUCCUCUGCAAUCACUUAUGUUGAUGUUUACAAGGCCAAGUUCAACCUUAUUAGCCAACCACAAAAGCAUGGAAUUGAAGAGCCGAUAAAAGCAUGUUGUGGCCACGGUGGGAAGUACAAUUUCAAUAUUCAUCUUGGAUGUGGAGGAAGAAAGAAGGUUCAUGGCAAAGAAACAUUAGUGGCGAAGGCAUGUAAAGACCCAUCGGUUCACGUAAAUUGGGAUGGGGUGCAUUACUCCGAAGCUUCUAACAAGAAGAUCUUCGAUCAGAUUGUAGAUGGUUCACUUUCGGACCCUCCGGUCCCUUUGAAAAUGGCUUGCCACAAGCACCAUUGAAUCGCAUAACCGCAUGCGCGACUAUUUUUCAGUAUCGUUCCAAUUUUAUCAGAUGUCUUAUUCCCAAAAGUAUCAAUCGGGUGUAUCCAAACAAAAAGAAUCAAAUGGGACACUCUUUCCAUUGUUCAAAUUAAUAAUUUUAUUACAUGCAAAGCGCAAUCUCCUUUGUUUA